CGAUCGCCCACCUUUCUUCCUACAGUGUGGGCCAUGUCAUUCACCCCCGUUGCAUUCCCACCAGAGAUUGACACUAUCCUCCGAGCGAAUUACUCUGAUGCAACAUGGAUAGCAAUCUGCAAAGCAUUAGCUGUACCACCCCGCACUACUUUUUGUCGCGUUAAUACGCUACGUUGCACCAGAGAGCAGGCUAGAGAACAACUGCAGGACUUUGUUGACAUGCAAUGUAAGCAGAAAAACUGGCCGCAAUGGAUUGUGUAUGAGCACCCUGUUGUGCCUGAUGUCCUAUAUAUGGACGUGCAAGGACCGCUUCACGUGGAUCCUGUGCAAAAAGAGGUAAUCAUAGAUACGAUGUGUGGUAACGCUGUUUUGCGCGGUGCGGAUAUUUUUGCGACGGGUGUUCUAGCGGCCGAAUCUGCCACGAAGCCGGGAGAUAAAGUGGCGGUAUAUGUCGAUCUUGAUGGGGCAUGCUUGCGUGGCCAAUCGAAGAAGUACACGGGAAGGAAGGCUUUUGUCGGAAAUGGCAUUGCCAUGAUGGGCCGAGAAACCCUUUACACAUGCUCUGCAAAGCAACUGCGAGGAAAAGGUGUUGGCGUACAAAUGGUGGAGCCAAUAUAUAAGUCGCCAUCACUGGGAGAUAUGUUUGCGAAAGGGGUCAUUCUGCAAAAUCUACCAAGUGUGCUUGUUGGACACGUUUUGGCACCACGGCCUGGAGAGUUGGUGUUGGAUAUGUGUGCAGCACCGGGGGGCAAAACGACACAUUUAGCUGCGCUUAUGCGGGAUCAAGGAACAAUCAUUGCGUUGGACCGUUCGCAUCAGAAGGUAGACCGCUUGGUAAAUUACAUCCGUGAGCAAGAACUGGUCUCGGUAAAGGCAUAUUGUUGUGACGCCACAAGCUGCGUCAUGUCGGAACAAGAGACCAAGGAAUUUCUAGCUACUCCCGUUUGGUGGUCACCAGGAAGCAAAAUUCAGGCUCUUCCGCGCGAAUGUUUUGAUCGAGUACUUUUGGACGGGCCAUGUUCUGCCAUGGGUCAGCGACCAAACUUCAAGCCAGAUAUAACUGUCGGCGUUCUUCAUCAUUAUCCAGCCUAUCAGCGCUCCCUUCUGCACGCCGCUCAUAAGCUCCUUCGUCCAGGAGGUGUUCUCGUUUACAGUACUUGUACAAUUAACGCCGCCGAGAACGAGCACAAUGUAGCCUACGCACUUGCCACAUUCCCGGACCUGGAGAUCAUGGCAAUACCGCCAGAAUUCGAGGGGUUGAGCCAGGCAGGAUUGACCGGUGUGGAAGCGCUGACCGAGGUGGCCAGACAACGAUGUUAUCGGUUUGAACCAGGUCAGAUGUGUGGGGUAGGAGUGGAUGGCAAGGUGCUAGAAAGUAUUGGGUUCUUUUUUGCAGCUUUUCGAAAAAAAGAGGCAAACAGCCAUUAAGUAUUUCUGGAACUGCCACAGAUGACUUGAGUUUACUCAACCUUUUUCGGUUGCAAACUUUUUCCUGUGUGAGUUGGACUAUGUUAGAUUGCAAUGUAGAAGGGACGACAGGAUCAAGUCUUUACCCAUAUCAGGACUGCAAAGAUCAGGCUUACUUACAGUCAGUCUGCUCCAGUUGACGAUCAGUUGAUAGGCUAUUAUUGUAUUUCAUAAAGCUGGCGAGAUAUCUAUGUGAUUUUUGGUUGAACGCAACUAUAGAGAAUAGCAGGUGCUGUCAACCCUCAAGACAUUAAGUCUUCCUGGUCCACAUUAGGAAGAACUAUCACCACAGUUUAGUACGUCUGGAGGAUCAAGCGACAUAACUCAGGAAUUUAGAUGUUAAGACUUGGUUAUUUCUCCAAAUAAAGUUUGGUUAUCAUAUGA